GGGUCACGAGAAAAAAAAAUCCGCAAAAACAAAGACGCGUCGAAGCAGCGAAAUGGCUGUUCUUCUGUGUUGUUUGCUGGUUUUCGUGGCUCUUUCAUCUUCUUUAGCCAAGCCAACAGGACUGAAAACCCCUCCAACAUGGCCUCAAGAGUACACUCUUACAGGAGUACUGCGUUUGCCCUACGCUGAGAUUGAGGAGCCAUUUCAAGCUUGGUUUGACGGCGGUCGCAAGAGAAGCCGGAUCGAUUAUUAUGGAGGGAUGGACUCAACUUUUCAACGAGGUGACAUUCUCACUGCUGGAGCAAAUUUCAGGAUCUGUCCAAUGUCGACUGAAACCAAGUUGAACGUUAGGUCCUGCUUCCAGACCAAUGGAACCUCUGCAUCUCCCGUGGGUCCACAGUCUGUACUCCCAGACCUUGCCAAGUUUAGUUUUGUUGGAAACUCAACUUAUGGCGAUGUUAAGUGCUCCAUCUGGGAGUACAAACUUACUGUGGGGCACAAGCGUAACAAGUAUACCAUGUACACAAGCAUGCACGAUCCUCCAGCUCCUAUCCAUUAUGAGAUGCUUGGCUUUGAUGACCUUAUUGGUUCACACUACGACCAAUACGAGCUGGACUACUCAAACUAUAGUCCUCAAGCUCCGCCAGAAGAGGUCUUUCAGACUCCAGAAGGGUUGGUGUGCACAGGGUUCCCAGGCCCUGGAGAUGAUGAUGAAAAGAGUAUUAUUAAUAACCCUAUGCAAGAGUUUGUUGAGAUGCACAAUGUUGAGAAAGUACAUAGGGUAUUUGACAAAUAUGUCAAGAAACACAAGAAGAACUACAAAGACAACAAGGAGCACCAUACUCGAAGGGAACACUUCAAGCACAAUCUAAGGUUUAUUCAUUCAAAGAAUCGUCGACAUGCUGGAUAUUACCUAGCUAUGAACCACCUUGGAGAUCGCUCAGAUAAGGAGCUCAGAGUUUUGAGGGGAAGGAGAUACACAAAAGGCUACAAUGGAGGGCUUCCUUACAAGCCUGACAUGGCAUCAAUUAAUGAUGUGCCUGAUGAGAUGAACUGGGUGAUUCGAGGUGCUGUCACGCCUGUCAAAGACCAAGCAGUGUGUGGGUCAUGCUGGAGUUUUGGAACAACUGGGACCAUUGAGGGUACAUUGUUUUUAAAGACAAAAUACCUGACACGCUUGUCACAGCAGAAUUUGAUGGACUGUUCUUGGGGUGAAGGGAACAAUGCCUGUGAUGGAGGAGAAGAUUUCAGGUCUUACCAAUACAUCAUGAAAAGUGGUGGGAUUGCAACAGAAGAAAGCUAUGGACCCUACUUAGGCGCAGAUGGGUAUUGCCAUAAGAAGGAUGCUGAGAUUGGAGCAACGAUAACUGGAUAUGUGAACAUUACGGAGGGUGAUCUAAGUGCUCUCAAAACUGCCAUUGCACAGAAAGGUCCCAUCUCAGUCAGUAUUGAUGCAUCGCACAAGUCUCUGUCUUUCUACUCAUAUGGAGUUUACUACGAGCCCAAAUGUGGGAAUAAAAAUGAGGACCUGGACCACUCAGUACUAGCAGUAGGCUAUGGUACAAUGGACGGGAAGCCCUACUGGAUGAUCAAGAACUCAUGGUCCACCCACUGGGGGAUGAAUGGUUAUGUGCUCAUGUCACAAAAAGACAACAACUGUGGCGUUGCGACGGCAGCCACCUAUGUCCUAAUGGACUGAUAACAAUCAGGCUUUUCCUGUUUAUGACAAUUCGUGUUAUAACAUGAAUCCUAGAAUGAUUUAUCAGUAAUUUUUUUUUUGCGACGGGAUGCAAAUCUACAAUUUAUGUGGUGGCACCUUUUUAUUUCCUGGAAUAUUGAGAAUUUCAAUAGGAACUAAGAGGGUACUAAAUGUGAGCUAGUCAAGAACUUUACUCUUUCAUAGAUAAGACAUCCAACAUAGUAUGUUUAUGUAUAGGAAAUUCUUUAGAUUGAAAAUGAAGAUGUGUUAUGAAUUGAAUUUGGAAUUUAUACAUUUUUUUUUCGGGCUUAAGCCAAUGUGUCAGACCAAAAAGUUGCGAUACUUGUAUACAUGUUUGCAUGAUACUGUAAUAGUUCUGGUGACAUUUUUUUAUGCAUUUUCUAUUAAACACAAAUAAUACAAA